AUGGGCAAGGUAAAGGGCAGCACACAGUCUCUGAAGAAGAAAAUUCUGCAGCCAGAGAGUCCAAUCGUUUUCCAGCCACUAAAGAAGAAUGUUUUGCUGGGAGAGGGUCUGAUAAUUAGGAGUUUGAAGCAGCAGGGAGCUUUUGUGAUUAAAGAGGUGUGGAGGAAUGAAAGAGAAAUCACUGAUUUUUUUCUGAAGAUCAUCAAGGCAAAAGUGAAGAAACUAAAAGAAGAAAAGCUUAAGGAGGGGCCUGGGCCAUCACUUGAGAAUCCUAUGAUUAUUGAAUAA